AUGUGCACACACACUUUGUUACCAGUGCUACCAUCACCUGCCCCACCUCCACCUGCCCCACCUUCUUCUGCACCACCUGCACCACCUCCGCCUGCGCCUCCAUCACCUGCGCCUCCUCCGUCUGCACCACCUCCACCUGCGCCACCUCCACCUGCGCCUCCAUCACCUGCGCCUCCUCCACCUGCGCCACCUCCACCUGCGCCUCCUCCACCUGCGCCUCCAUCACCUGCACCACCUCCACCUGCGCCACCUCCACCUGCGCCUCCAUCACCUGCGCCUCCAUCACCUGCACCACCUCCACCUGCACCACCUCCACCUGCGCCUCCUCCACCUGCGCCUCCUCCACCUGCGCCUCCAUCACCUGCGCCACCUCCACCUGCGCCUCCUCCACCUGUGCCUCCAUCACCUGCACCACCUCCACCUGCGCCUCCUCCACCUGCACCACCUCCACCUGCGCCUCCUCCACCUGCGCCACCUCCACCUGCGCCUCCUCCACCUGCACCACUUCCACCUGCACCUCCUGCACCUGCACCACCUCCACCUGCGCCUCCAUCACCUGCACCACCUCCACCUGCGCCUCCAUCACCUGCACCUCCUCCACCUGCGCCUCCAUCACCUGCACCACCUCCACCUGCGCCUCCAUCACCUGCACCACCUCCACCUGCGCCUCCAUCACCUGCACCACCUCCACCUGCGCCUCCUCCACCUGCACCACCUCCACCUGCGCCUCCUCCACCUGCACCACCUCCACCUGCGCCUCCAUCACCUGCACCACCUCCACCUGCGCCUCCUCCACCUGCACCACCUCCACCUGCGCCUCCUCCACCUGCACCACCUCCACCUGCGCCUCCUCCACCUGCACCACCUCCACCUGCGCCUCCUGCACCUGCACCACCUCCACCUGCGCCUCCAUCACCUGCACCUCCUCCACCUGCGCCUCCAUCACCUGCACCACCUCCACCUGCACCUCUAUCACCUGCACCACCUCCACCUGCGCCUCCUGCACCUGCACCACCUCCACCUGCACCUCCUCCACCUGCGCCUCCAUCACCUGCACCACCUCCACCUGCACCUCCAUCACCUGCGCCUCCAUCACCUGCACCUCCUCCACCUGCGCCUCCAUCACCUGCACCACCUCCACCUGCGCCUCCAUCACCUGCACCACCUCCACCUGCGCCUCCAUCACCUGCACCACCUCCACCUGCGCCUCCAUCACCUGCACCACCUCCACCUGCGCCUCCAUCACCUGCACCACCUCCACCUGCGCCUCCAUCACCUGCACCACCUCCACCUGCGCCUCCAUCACCUGCACCACCUCUACCUGCGCCUCCAUCACUUGUGCCUCCAUCACCUGCACCACCUCCACCUGCGCCUCCAUCACCUGCGCCACCUCCACCUGCGCCUCCAUCACCUGCACCACCUCCACCUGCGCCUCCAUCACCUGCACCACCUCCACCUGCGCCUCCAUCACCUGCACCACCUCCACCUGCGCCUCCAUCACUUGCGCCACCUCCACCUGCGCCUCCAUCACCUGCGCCACCUCCACCUGCGCCUCCAUCACCUGCGCCACCUCCACCUGCGCCUCCAUCACCUGCACCACCUCCACCUGCGCCUCCUCCACCUGCACCACCUCCACCUGCGCCUCCAUCACUUGCGCCACCUCCACCUGCGCCUCCAUCACCUGCACCACCUCCACCUGCGCCUCCUCCACCUGCACCACCUCCACCUGCGCCUCCAUCACUUGCGCCACCUCCACCUGCGCCUCCAUCACCUGCACCACCUCCACCUGCGCCUCCUCCACCUGCACCACCUCCACCUGCGCCUCCAUCACCUGCACCACCUCCACCUGCGCCUCCAUCACUUGCGCCACCUCCACCCCAGCCUGGCUCUUCUUCCACGCACUCUUGCUUUCCCUGUUCUGCUCAUGGAAACUUCCCCCGAAAGACCUGCAGAGCAGGUCUUUGGCCCCCUCUGAGCUUCAGCCCCCACGAGCCCCACAGCUGGCUGUGCCUCCCCGUCUCUCUGCCUGUGGCCCAGGUUCAUCCUCUCAGCUGUCUGUUGGCUCUGUCCACCUGGGAAGAUGGGGAUGACUGCAGCGGAGGGACAGGGGCCACGGCCCUGACUCGUCAGAAGACGCGCAAAGGCUCACCCCAUGGCCCCUCAGGCAUGGACGUGCCUGGUCCCACAGGAGAUGGUUCUUGA